ACUGGGUUGGGCUUUUGAAAACGGCGUCAUUUCAUACUCCCCGAUUAGGAAAGCAACAAGUGUAGCUUUGGAAAGGCUCAGAUACCUACAUAUUUCCUGGCUCAAAUCACACUGCUAAAUGACUCUUGAGAUUAAAUUUUAAUCAACUUUAAGUAAACUCAAGAGCAACUGAAAGUCAAGAAAAUCUGCUGGUCAAGUGAGUUACAAAGGACUUCAGGCAAGAACAGUCAUGGGGAUACUUUAUUCAGAGGAACUGCAGACAAAUCAUUUCGCCCCCUUUUUCCUGGAUUGCCCACGCAUACGCCGUAGCACUGCAAGCAUCAGAUCACCACAGCCCAUUUGCCAGGCAGCUUAUGAUAAUGACUUCAAUCAAAUUCAACUGCUGCUGGAAGACGACAGCAAUUAUUUGAACAUUCAAGACAGCUUUAGGGGAGAUACCCCCCUAAUCUGUGCAUGCAGACAGGGACACAACAGAAUAGUCAGUUACCUUUUGAAAUGGAACGCGAAUGUGAACAUCAGAAACAAGAAAGAUCGCACAUGUUUGCAUUAUGCUGUGAGAAAACGGUUUAGUUUCCUUGACUACCUGCUUAUCAUCAUCCUAAUGCCUGUUCUGCUUAUUGGCUAUCUUAUCAUGGUAUCAAAAACUAAGCAGAAUGAAAACCUAAUCAAGAUGUUACUUCGAGCUGGCACAGAUGUUAAUGCUACGGACUAUUCUGGUAGCACAGCCCUUCACUAUGCCUGUGAAAUGAAAAAUCAGUCAGUUGUCCCUCUACUACUUGAAGCCCAUGCAGACCUUUCUAUAAAGAAUAAGAAUGGGGAGUCUCCACUGGAUAUAGCGAGAAGAUUAAAGUUCACCAACAUUGAAUGUGUGUUAAAGAAGGCAUCCUAGUCCUUAAUGAGAUGAUGUUAAGAGUGUUAGGCAUGGAAAAAAAAAUCUACUUAGCUGGGCACUCCCUGUUGUACAGUACCAAGAAUACCCUGGAGGCGUGUUUUUUUUUUUAAUUUGAUGUUUGCUGAAGACAUGUACUGUAUUAUAUCUACUGGUAUGCAGUCAGUACAUAUGGCAUAUAAAAUACAUAGCCAUGUGGUGUGCCUGGAA